AGCUAGUCAGUCACAAUCAAAGGUUCAAUUGAAAAUACAAAAAAAAUAUAUAGAAAACAGCCAAGUGAUUUUACGGGUGCCAACAUAGUGUGCAUUUGGGAAUCUCCACGGCGAAUUCACGCAAAAUAUUGUGUUACAUAAAUAAAUACGGAGGACAGCAGAUUGUGAUCUACAAAUUACUUUUUCAAACGCUUUGUGUAAAAUUGACAUCCGCAUUUGGUGCUGGUACUGGUACUGAUUCUGCUGUCGCUGCCGCCAACUUCAUUCCGCUACAAAAAUAUUUCUUCCCUUGCGAAAAAUCAAUUAGCUUCUCACUGCUUUUUACAGCUGCUACAACAACACGAACUACAUCAUUUGUUAAUCUUCAACAGCAUUUCCAAUUAUACAAUCGUUAUACGCAACUAAAAAACUACAAGAUGCCACAAUCAUCAGCUGCUGCAACAAACGGCCACGCUAAUGGCUGCAAUGGAAGGAUAACCGAUUCCUAUGAUAUGGAAGAUGGACAGACAUUCCUUUUUACUUCUGAAUCAGUCGGCGAGGGACAUCCCGAUAAAAUGUGUGAUCAAAUCAGUGACGCUAUUUUGGAUGCACACUUGAAGCAGGAUCCCAACGCGAAAGUAGCGUGCGAAACGGUUGCCAAGACAGGUAUGAUUUUGCUAUGUGGUGAAAUUACAUCGCAGGCUGUGGUCGAUUAUCAAAAGGUCGUGCGGGACACAGUUAAACACAUUGGCUAUGAUGACUCAUCGAAAGGCUUCGACUAUAAGACGUGCAACGUUUUGUUAGCAUUGGACCAACAAUCGCCGGAAAUCGCUGCUGGAGUACAUAUAAAUCGCGCCGACGAAGAAAUCGGUGCCGGAGAUCAGGGCAUUAUGUUCGGCUAUGCCACCGAUGAGACCGAAGAAUGCAUGCCAUUGACUGUCGUUUUGGCACACAAAUUGAAUGAGAAACUGGCUGAACUACGUCGCUCUGGCGAAUUCAGUUGGGCGCGUCCCGAUUCAAAGACACAGGUCACUUGUGAGUACCUCUUCAAUCAAGGUGCCGCUGUGCCAAAGCGUGUUCACACCAUUGUCGUUUCCAUGCAGCAUUCGGAAAAGAUCAGCUUGGAGGACUUACGCAAAGAAGUUAUGAAUAAGGUCAUAAAAGAAGUCAUUCCAGCCAAAUAUUUCGACGCCAACACAAUUGUACACAUAAAUCCAUGCGGAUUGUUCGUCAUCGGCGGUCCAAUGGGUGAUGCAGGUUUGACCGGACGCAAAAUUAUCGUCGACACUUAUGGUGGUUGGGGCGCCCACGGCGGUGGCGCAUUUUCGGGCAAAGACUUUACUAAAGUGGACAGAUCGGCCGCGUACGCUGCACGUUGGGUGGCCAAAUCACUGGUGAAAGCAGGCCUUUGUAGGCGUUGCUUGGUGCAGGUCUCGUAUGCCAUCGGCUUGGCUGAACCACUUUCCAUCACCGUCUUCGAUUAUGGUACCUCACACAAGACACAAAAAGAAUUACUCGACAUUGUUAAGCGUAAUUUCGAUUUGCGGCCGGGCAUGAUUGUCAAAGACUUGAACCUCAGACAGCCAAUCUACCAGCGCACAAGUACUUAUGGACACUUUGGACGCAACGGUUUCGCGUGGGAGCAAGCAAAGCCGCUACAGAUCAAUUGACUAGACGCCGACGGAGAUCAGCUAACACAGCCACCGUGUGCUAAAAAGUGUAAAGUUGCGUAAUUAUUAGUUGUUAAUUUAAUUAUUUUCAUUUUAAUUGGCUUUUUCCUUGUUUCUUGAGUGUGCAAACCAUGCAAGAAAAUAAUUGCAAAUAAUUAUAAUAGAGGAAAACGAAAAAGCAACUUAUUAGUGAAAAGCGAAUGAAAAUCACAAAAAUAAAGUGAUUUUUUGUAAUCAUUUUCGUUCCUCUUUACUACCAAUAAAUAUAAUUUAGUUUUAGUUGUUUAAAAAUAACAGAAAUACGAAACAAAAUAUCCCAAUUCAAGUUCUGUACAAAAACGUGUCAACUAUUUUGUUGUAAUUUGUCCAUCAAAAUUUUAUAUUCAUGUUUAGAAAAUUGUUCAUUUGUAUUAGUGUGAUGCAAGCGUGAUGCGUCUGUGAGAGGUAUCAAAAAUUAUAAAUAAAAGCAUGUAUAUGUCAGCCCCCUGCAAUUUGUACUCAUACCAACAAUGAUUGUUAGAAAUUUUUGAGAGAAAACAAAAAAAUGGAAAUCAAAUACAAAAUUAUAAAUAUAUUUAAAUGCAAUAAUGUGACGCUAGUUAGUUAUUUUUAAACUGAAGCAAGAGAUCUAUCAAAUAUAUCUUAUUUAUUCAAAUUCAUAGUCUUAAUAAAGCUUCAACUUAUUGAUAUCAACAAAAUUGUAUUGUCUCUGUACACUAAUUGUAACUUCCCAAUUCAAACAUUAAAGCAAGAAAGUAAAAUUAAGAAGUAACAUAAAAUUAUGACAAGUAAUCCCUAAAAAGUGUUGAAACGCGCAACUAUGAUAAAUUAAUACUUUUUUGAAGAUAGUUCCACUUGACCAUUUUUUCACUGAAAAUCUAUGUUGGGAGACGCGUAGUAUUGCCACCGUUAAGCGAGCGAAUAUGCGGGUAUUGACUUUUUAUAAAAAUUUAAAAUAAAUUUGGCGCCUGACGGCUGCAGUUUCAAUGAA